CAGGUCAUCCCCGUCCAGGCCCGCUCCGACAACUGGAUGUAUCUCGUGAUUGACGAGCCAUCGCAGACCGGUGCCGUCGUCGACCCCUUUGACGCGCCAAAGCUCACCGCCGCCGCGAAGGAACACGGCGUGAAGCUCACGACGCUCAUCACCACUCACCACCACGCCGACCAUUCAGGCGGCAACGCCAAGUUUCUCGAGCUCAACCCCGGCUUGACGGCGUACGCGGGCUCGGACAAGUCGCCAGGCACCAACAAGAUCGUCGGUGACGGGGACAAAUUCACCAUCGGCGACAACAUCAACGUUACGUGCCACUCUACGCCGUGCCAUACCCAGGACUCGAUCGCGUUCUUCCUCGAGGACAAGAAGACCGGGCAGCGGGGAGUGUUUACGGGCGACACACUUUUCCUCGCAGGUUGUGGCCGUUUCUUCGAGGGCAACGCUGCUGAGAUGCACGCAGCUCUCACAAAGCUCGGCCGCCUGCCCGACGACACCCUCGUUUACAACGGCCACGAGUACACCAUCGGCUCGGCCAAGUUCGGGCUUACCAUCGAGCCGAACAACGCCAAACUGAGGCAGCUGUACGAGACAGCACAGAAGGACAAGUGCACGACGGGCAAGUCGACGAUCGGUGAUGAAAAGGAGUGGAACGUGUUCAUGCGUCUCGACCGCCCAGAGGAGAUCAAGGCGACGGGGGAGAAUGACCCGAUCAAGGUCAUGCACCAGCUGCGCGAGAUGAAGAACGCCAUGUAGGAUGAUGUGAAGUGUGCAUAGCCGAUCUGGCAAUGAGGAUGGCACAAUCAUCUCGCCAUCACAAAACUGACCAUGUUCACUUGCGACGGUGUGCCCGCCAGGCAUUGUCCGAGGGUCGCAGAGACUCUUUAGCGUGGAGAGAUGGAC